UUCCCACAUGCUCUCAUUUGACAGUCUCCCCGAAGAGUGAAUGUUUCACUCGUGGAUUUCUGUCAACUUCGGGUUGUCCGUGAGUGGAGUGGAAUCUAGAAACAAUAGGAAUGAAUAGGAAUGCUUGACAGGGGCGAAGAAAGGAUUUUGGACGCCUUGUUAUGGAGUCUUCUCUUGAAUAGGUGGUGCCUCCUUCUCUUCAGACAUACAGAAGCCUGAGAAAUUAAGCGACAGAGAGAGAGAGAGAGACCACAUCUGUGAAAAGUAUUAAGCCAGCUGUUCCAGUGGAGCCUGUCCUGAGCGAAGUGGAGCAGAGAGUGUCUCGUUGCCUGGAGGCCUCUGCCACAGACAGGGGAUGUGUGGAAGAGCCAGGCCUAUCAUUAGGCCACUGGGCCAAGCUCUGAGGAAUGGAUAGUGGCAUCAGCCCAGCAAAAGGUGUAAUUGCCUUCUUAACCAUGGAAAACAGGUUAAUGACUGUCGUGUGAGGCCCUGGAGCCCUGCAAGCUCUUGCGUGUGCAAAGCAGAAAUCAGUCUGAAGACCCAUCUUUAACUGUGGUGCCUGUACGCAAAAUCUUGUUGUUUUUUGUUGCCAGUCACUGAAAUGAUUUUCUGAAAAAGGCAAAACAAGAAAAGCAAAUACAACUUUCCGUGUGGUGAAAAUUGUUUUGGCCCAGAGGGGAGCAGACAGAAGAGGCCAUGGCAGCAACAUACCGCAUUGUUGUCAGCAGCAUCAACUGCUACAACAGUGUGAUGGUGGACCGGCGUGUUCAGCAUGCAGUGCACUACUGCAACGGACCGUGCCAGGCACUGAGACAUGGGCUUGACUGCACCGUGGCCCACCGCAGCACCUGCUCCGAGCUGCUUGAGGCUCCUGCCACCCCCGCCCCUGGCUCCCGCCCCUCCAGCAUCCACGAGCUGGUCGGUAAAUUCUCAGCUGUCGAAAAUGGAUUCGCUGGCCCCGGAGCCACCGCCGGUGAGGAUUAUCACCAGGCUCUCCCGGGAGCUCCGAGGGUCAAAAAAGGACUGUCAGUCCAGAGUUCUGCGAGCCUCAAGGAUAUCACUGGGGAGGCUAUCAAUUUGGCAAGUGGGAAAAUCAAGGAGUUCUCCUUUGAGAAGAUCAAGUACUCUUCUAGCCAUGUCACCUUCCGGAAGGGUCGGAAGGUUCGGCCAGACUCCUUCAGCCGCAGGUCUACUGACCUGGACAUAAUUUACGGACACUUUGCUGGCAAUGAUGAGAAUUGCCCGCCCUUUGGCCUGCUACAGAAGUCAGUCCUGGAGGAACACAAGCUAAGCCGUAGCGCCUCAUUGGAGCAGAACCUCAACAGCGUGGCCACGUUGUACCUCAACAACUUGACUGAGGAGAACCUCAUCGCCCACAUCCUGGAGAAGACUAAGACCGACAGCAACGCCUCUGGUGAGGACAUCAAGGCCUGCUUGGACAUCCUCCUCAAGUGUUCAGAGGACCUAAAGAAGUGCACCGAUAUCAUCAAACAAUGCAUCAAGAGGAAGUCAGGGAGAGGAGAAAGUGAUGAAUCCAGCAACCCUGAGCUCCUCUACAAGAGUGUGAUGACCCGGCUGUCUAGCUACCUGAAGAAGCUCCCUCUAGAACUUGAGAUGGGGAGGUCAGGGAGGCAGGAGCAGAGUGACCUGGCGGAGCUAGUCAACAGCCUGCAUGGCCUGCAGCAGGGACCCUUCUCCCCCAUAUUUGGCAAUGAGCAGCCGCCCAGGUACGAGGAUGUCGUCCACUCCCCUCCCCUGACCAAACCUCCCUCCUCCUCCCAGCCUGAAUGCCAGAUUCCCCCUCGGGAGCCUGGUGGCACCGUGAAACCUGCCCCUGUCCUGCCCUCUCACACCUCAGCUAACGGGCCACAACAUAGCAUUGCAGUGUCUGCCACUCCACCCACAGCUCUAUCUCUCAGUGUCCCAGUCAGUGACAACUUCUCCUCCACCACUUCCCUGCUGUCAUGCAGCAGUGACAGUAUUUGCAAGGACUCCAUGGAGGCACUGUACAUAGAGGAGGAUGUAGAUGUGGGCAGGGCAUUUGACCGGGAGAUCAGGGGGGAGGGGAGGUACAGCCUGGGCUUCACUGAGGGCCGGCAGUUUGCCAAAAGGCCCAGCAUCCUCUCCGAACCUGGGGCAAGCAUCUCAGACAAGCUACCAGAGAGCAGUUGGAACGGGGUGUCAUGCAAGCCAAAGAUGGAACCCUUUUUGCUGAAAGGAACCAGCAAGACACACAUCCCCCUGAGGAACACAGUGAGUCCAGAGCCAAGGCCCUUCCAGUCCCCAGCACAGAGUGGCAAGGAUGAUGACAUCGAUAAGCUGUUGAUGGACUUGGAAUGUCUCUCUCAGAACAUAGACAAAGAGACUCCCUCCUUAGGCUCUGACCUCAGGAACUGCAACCAAUUAAUGGGCUCUCCUCAGCCAGUGACCUCAGGGAGCAAAAGCCUGGCUGCUGUCCAUGCAACCCCAUCACCACCACUGCCUACAAAGGACCAUGAGACCGGUGGGGGAGCAACUGAUGGGGGCAUAGGUGAAAGUGUGGAGGAUGAUGGGGCACUGCUGCUCCGGAUUCUGGAGAGCAUCGAGAGUUUUGCCCAGGAGUUAGUUGAGAGUGGAACAGGUACAGGAACCCAGUCCAAGGAGAAUGAAGUAAUGCGUCUCCUCCAGGGCACACUGUCUACCACCAGCAAGGCAGAGAUGACACUGUUGCAGGCUGGCCCAAGCCCUGACCCUGUCCCCAGCCCCACCCCAAGCCUUAGCCCUGCUCCUAUUACCAUGAGUGACACUGGCUCCACCCUCUUGAUCCAGCAAACUCCAGAAGUCAUCAGGGUCCAGAACAAGCCUGAAAAGAAACCGGGGACCCCACCUCCGGCCCCUGUCCCAGCGCCAUCCACCCCUACCCCCCGUCCACCCACACCCCCGCCUGCCAGCAAGAUAGUGGUCACACCGCCUCCCAGCUCCAUACACAUUCCACGCUUCUAUUUCCCCAAAGGACUUCCGAACGGCUGCGCCAACUUCGACGAAGCCAUCAGCAAAGUGGAGACGGCUUUCACAGAGUUCGAGGAAGAGAAGGCUGACAUCUACGAAAUGGGAAAGAUUGCGAAGGCAUGUGGCUGCCCACUCUACUGGAAGGCCCCGUUGUUCAACAGUGCUGGGGGAGAAAGGACUGGAUUCGUCUCCGUUCACUCAUUCAUUGCGAUGUGGAGGAAGUUGUUACACAGCUGCUAUGACGACUCUUCCAAGUUCAUUUCCUUGCUAGCAAAGCCAGGCUGCGACUACCUGGAGCAGGAGGACUUAAUCCCACUGUUACAGGACAUCGUGGACACUCAUCCAGGGCUGACGUUUCUAAAGGACGCCCCUGAAUUCCAUUCCCGGUACAUUACCACGGUGAUUCAGAGGAUAUUCUACACAGUCAACCGCUCCUGGACAGGGAGGAUAACCAUGACUGAGAUGCGCAGGAGCAACUUCCUGCAGACCUUGGCCCUGCUGGAGGAAGAGGAUGAUAUUAAUCAGAUCACAGACUACUUCUCCUAUGAGCACUUCUAUGUCAUUUACUGUAAGUUCUGGGAGCUGGACACUGAUCAUGAUCUCUUCAUUGACCCGAAGGACCUGGCGAGAUACAAUGACCAUGCCUCAUCCAACAGGAUAAUAGAGCGUCUGUUUUCUGGAGCGGUCACCAGAGGAAACUCAGUGCAGAAGGAGGGAAGGAUGAGCUACGCAGAUUUUGUUUGGUUCCUCAUCUCAGAAGAGGAUAAGAAGAACCUCACAAGUGUGGAGUACUGGUUCCGCUGCAUGGACCUGGAUGGGGACGGAGUCCUGUCCAUGUAUGAGCUGGAGUACUUCUACGAGGAGCAGUGCGAGCGCAUGGAGGGCAUGGGCAUCGAACCGCUGCCCUUCCACGACCUGCUCUGCCAGAUGCUGGACCUGGUCAAGCCCGAGUGCCAGGGGAAAAUAUCCCUCCAUGACCUGAAACGGUGCAGGAUGGGGCACAUAUUCUAUGACACCUUCUUUAACCUGGAGAAGUACCUGGACCAUGAGCAGAGAGAUCCCUUUGCAGUGCAAAAGGAUUUGGACAGCGAGAGUCCGGAGCCCUCGGAUUGGGACAAGUAUGCGGCAGAGGAGUACGAGAUUCUGGUGGCGGAAGAGACGGCCAAUGAGCAGCUGCAGGAGGGGUCAUUUGAGGAUGACUAUGAAUCCGAUGAGAUCACCGUCCCAACGGAAAUCGGGAGUAAGAUGGACAAACUUGUCAUAUCGGACUUAUCGGCGUGAUUCUCCCGAGCCCCACCUACCAGCCGCUGCCUAAGGUCCUUGUGAUCACAGGAACGGAAUAAAAACAUCACCUUUUAAGCUACUUUUCCGUUACUCUUUGGAAGGGAAUUGCGCUUUUUUCUACACUUUGAAAAGACUGUGUGUGCAAUAGAACGGCUUCUAAACCAAAAGGCUUUUUUGUGUUGUGUAAUAUGUCUUAACAUGUAGAUUUAGUAAGAGCAUCUUUUCUGUUAGUAUCAGUUUUUUCUUCUUUGGUUUUUUUUCUCUUUCCAUUCAUCAUAAACUGCCGGCAGAUUUCCUUUUUUUCUUCGUCUUUUUUUGUAAUCGGGGGUUAAAUUAUUAGUUAUUUAACAGCUGUGGAUCAUCUGGUUUGAGAGAGCCACAUUAUGCCCCAGAAAUAUCUGCAUCUCCCAGCUGUGGUUGUGAAGUUUUUUAUUAGAUUGUUCCCAGAUUCUGUACAAUAUUUAUGUUUUGUUGUUUUUCUUUGUUUUUUAAACAAUGGUGUUUCGAGUUUCAACUCUGUGCUAGAAUAUUAGUCAUUCAUGGCAAACAUUUUCAACCUCAUCUGGGUCAUUAUGGUAUGAUCUCUACUGUAACAUGGGUUUUGUUUUGUUUAACUUGUUAUUAUAUACGCAUGGAACACGGGGUGUGAAAUGUGAACACUUGAAUGUUCUCACUGCAAUCAAAAUGGUUUCAAUUCGAUAUCACAUAUAACUUGUUCUUUUCCGCCACCCAGUGGUCAUAUAUAGUAUCGUGGAGAAGCUGGCCAAGGUCCAGUAUCUCGUAAGAGGUCAUUUUUUCACAAGUCUGAAAAGUGUAGUCCGUUUAAUAGACUGCCUGUAUUAUGUACACAAAACAUAUAUGUUACAGUGUAGUAAAGUUGAUGUUUUGUUUUUAAUAGAAAUAGCAAAACAUUAUUUACACACGAUUCCAGACACCAUCUCAGUCUUUGUUUCGGUGAUUCUUAAUAUAUUUGACUAGAUCUGACAAAAGAACAGCCUCUAUAGGCUAUUAUAGCUGUAUAUCGGUUGUGAAAAGACUAGCCAAUAUGCAAAAAAAAAAAAUCCUGAUUUGAAAUCAGUGUUAUCUUUUUUACUGUCUUAUGUGGCUUGAAGAGUGAAAUAUUUCAAGAUAACAUUAUUUUUUCAGAAAACGGAUCUGUAAAACUUAGCAUUAUGGGUAGCGGAAAUGAAGACACGGUCAUUAUCGUCAGACGUUGGCAACAAAAACGUAGGGUCAACAAAGACGGCAACAAAAUUUUCAUAUUUUUUUCUAUGCAUAUUCAUACUCUAGGUCCGAAUGAAGCAAAGUAAAAUGUUUGUUGUACAGGUACAUCCUGAAAGCUCACAUGUAAAUAAGAGGUAAAUAGAUCAUCAUUGUUUUAAGGUACUAUUUAUUUCCCUAUAUGUUGCAAAACCUUCCGCUCUGAUUUGCUUACAAUUAAGCCUGGUAGAUGGUGUCAAAACAGAUUAUUGCACUGUGUUUAGUUCACAGCAUGUAGUGCGCAUUGCUGGUGGACACCUCAGUUUAAUAAUAUUAUACACGGUACCUGUACUCCGUCUUGUCAAUAAUGUGACCCCUGUCUCAGGAGUAGCCAGUCACAGCGAAUCACACAUGAAAUGAUAUGCAUACAAAUUAUAAACAAAUGUCUCCUUAUUGUUCCACUGCCUUAAUUCCGCGAUGCGCGUUCACACUGUGACAUAAAGAGGUGGAUCUCUGAGCACGCCCUAUAUGUAUUGGGUGUGUGCUCCCUGUAGAUUCGAAGCUCCCCGGUCAUUUUUUUCCAUUGCGUUUUCUCGGUAACCAGCAGUCAACUGGUGACCUCUGCUUUUUCUCACCACUUCAUCCUCCUUGAAAAACUUUUAAUCUAAUAUCAGGUAUCAAUAAAAUAGUUUCCCGUCCAGUCCCUCACCACUUGUUACUGUGCACAAGUUUUUGUAAUUAGUGUAAGAUAUAUUGCAAGGACGUUGUAACAGGCCUAUAUGCAGCAGCUCUAGUUAGUACAAAAGUUUUUAAUGUUCCAAGAAUUUUUCUAAUAGCCACUGUAAAUCUCUUUGUAUUGUAUUUCCCAAGUGAACUUCUCUGCCACUGAGUGGCACAGGGUUUUUAAAUUAUAAUUGUUCUAUUACUGCCAGUGUUAUAUGUACAUCAAGCUUAAUGGGUGGAAUUUUACGAUGAGUUCUGUCUGAAUUCACUGUACGAAGACAAUCAACUGGACGUUUUACGAGGAUGUUUGAUGUUGACGUAGCACUUCUUGUUUAGCUGAGGUAACUCUCGAGGCAAUAAAACUGCUGUAAUGAUGAUAGCGUAUCGAGGAGAUAUUUUACAAAAAAAGCCUAAAUCAAAACUUGAUAUUAACGUUUUAAAGUAUGUGAUUUGUACCACUAAUAUUCUAGUUCUAUGCAACUCAUGGUCUACAGGAAAGGCAGCUGUGAAUAAGAUGAACUGACUGCUGAAACCGGGAACCUUUUCGUCUCACUCAUGUGUCCCUUUGAGUUCUAAAUGUAUUUGCAAUCUCUAGUGUAUGUAGGCCGAUGUAUUUUUAUUUCAUUUUUUUGCAGACGAUAAGGAGUUGAUGGGUCCCCCAAUAUGACGUAUCCUAACUAUACUGUGCUUGUGUUUCGCAUGGCUUUUUCCCUUUGAAAUUCUAAAAUAAAGACAUUUUAAAGUUGUA